UAAUUGUGGCUGUAUAAUAGUAUGAUUUUCUCUACAAAAUUGAUUAAAUUUCUUCCACGCUUAGGAGGGCCGUCACGAUGAUUUACUAUGUAUAUGUUUUACGUACGAAUGUUUGGGAGUGGUUCGGAUUGAAGAAAGAAAAAAUCCCUAUUAAACACUUUAACUCUCAAUAAUGGCGUCUUCGGCUCUCUCCAGAAUUGCUAAUCUCCAAAGACACUUCAACCCUUCAAAUCCCACCUCAAAGGUUGAAGGACUGAUAAAGAUAUCCCCAGAAGUUUCUGAAGCUUUAACGCAUAGGAGACCGGUGGUUGCUCUAGAAUCCACCAUAAUUUCUCAUGGGAUGCCGUAUCCUCAAAAUUUGGGUACGGCAAAAGAGGUGGAGGCAAUAGUCAGAGAAAACGGAGCUGUACCAGCCACCAUCGCUAUUUUGGACGGUGUACCCUGUAUAGGUUUGAGUAUGGAUGAACUAGAGAGGCUGGCUAAAAUGGGAAGUAAAGCUCGGAAGACAGCUCGCAGGGACAUUGCACAUGUUGUAGCUACUAGAGGAAAUGGUGCAACGACAGUUUCUGCAACAAUGGUUUUCGCUUUCAUGGUUGGGAUUCCAAUAUUUGUUACCGGGGGUAUUGGUGGAGUGCAUAGAUAUGGAGAAAGUACAAUGGACAUAUCUUCUGAUCUUACGGAGCUAGGGAGGACUCCGAUUGCUGUAAUUUCUGCGGGUGUAAAAUCAAUAUUAGAUAUCCCAAGAACCCUCGAAUAUUUGGAAACACAAGGGGUUUGCAUUGCAGCAUAUAAGACAGACGAGUUCCCUGCAUUUUUCACAGAAACAAGUGGCUACAAGGCACCAUGUCGAGUUGAUUCGCCUGAAGAUUGUGCUCGAUUAAUAGAUUCAAACAUGAAUCUUGGCAUGAACAGUGGGAUUUUGGUAGCUGUCCCUAUUCCAAAAGAAUACUCUGCUUCAGGAAAUUUUAUCGAGUCUGCAAUACAAAAAGCUCUCAAGGAAGCUCGGGAGCAGAAUAUAACUGGCAGUGCAGAAACUCCAUUCUUGCUUGGUAGAGUGAAUGAACUAACUGGAGGGGCCUCUCUUGCUUCAAACAUCGCUCUUGUGAAAAAUAAUGCAUGCCUUGGUGCUCAGAUUGCUGUCUCCCUCGCUCGGCUCCGAGAAAAUAGUUGAAAGGACAAAAUGGAGCCGAGUAGAGUAAAAGAGCCAACAGUCGACAUCUAUGUCUAGGGAAGCUGACUAAGUAUUUUAGUCUCUAACCCUCUCAUUCUGCUCAAAGUGGAAACUUUAAUCUUGAACAAACAACACAAAUGCGGAAGAGCUAGUUCAUACAUCUUCAAUGUAUUCUUUUCUUUUUUAUUUUCUUCGGGUAGGCAACGAAGAGCUACCCGACUCUUCAAGGAUGCUUAUUCUUCUUUGAAAUUUCUUGUUGGCUUGUUAGACUAUGUGGAGCAUAUGUAUACUUUUUCAUUCACGGGUAUACUCGUUACAAUAUUUUUGGACAAAACAUGUGUGAGAUCCUUUAUAUCCUUCUUUUUUACUAUUACGGUAAAAAUUUGCGACAGCGAGUGGAUUGAA